AUGUUACGUUUUAGUACAAGCCGACUGGAUGUGCAGCAUUCCAUUCUGCAAUAUUUGCUGGACCUGGCCAGACGAACCUGGCAACCUGCUGUGAGAUGUGCUACAUUCUGCAUUCUGAUGGACCUCUUCACGGCAGACUUUUCUCAUGAAAGCAGAAUGUACUGUCUGCAGACGGGCCUUCUGGCCAUCCUGCAAGAAGUAUUGGUCUUGGCAUCAAAGCCGAACCAGAACGACUCGAUGUCAGUGCUGCAGUUGCAGUGUGCUGUUAAGAUUGUGUGGCAGAUUUCUAAGCUUAAGUAUUCCGCAGUGAAAGAAUUCAUACCUCCUUCUUUUUUUAGAAUUCUGUUAGAUCUUCUUCAUCGUGAUGGACCUCUUUACGCUUUUUCUCCAGCGACUUCAGAAAAAUUGAAAGAUAUGUGCCAAAAUAGGUAUCUUGUCGGACAGUGUUGUCAGGUGAAGAUGACAGCUAAUGUGACUGCUCAAUUGACAAAGCACCACUUCUUUGAGCAGUGUUGUGAAAUUCCAAAGAAGUUGUAUGAAUGUCGGUUGUUUGACACUGGUGGUGAAACUGAUGUGAAUGUUUCAGAACAUUUGAUUGAGUUGCAUCUAGCUUGGCCAGUCGACUGCAACGAGCCCAGUGAUUCCGAUGCUGAGUUGUGGAAUGACAUUCUUGUAACGGACACUGUUGUGGGAAAUAUUUUCUGGGCUCAAGUUGGAGAAGCAGCCAUUACAAAAAGUAAAACCAUCAGUGCCAUUCUUUGUUCAAACAAAUCGACUCUCUGUAAAUCUAGCUGUAACAGGGGUGAUCUCGUUGCUGUGGUAACCAGUCAGAAAGAACACAACAGUUGUUACAGAGCAAGGGUGAUCGACAGUGAUCUUGGUCAAGUGAAGGUGUUUGCAAUUGACUUUGGUUUUACAGAUCUAGUUGAUGAGAAAGAUGUAUUUGCUCUUCCUGUCAUAGUUGGACUACUAGAGUUUCCUAUACAGGCUUCACUUUGCUGUCUCUCCGGUGUUCGGCCACCCCCUGUGGACUUGGUUGCAACAAAUACUAUUUUUGCUGCCCUCUGCAACUUUAUCAGAUUGAACUUUAAAGCUGCCAGUACUUUGACCAGUUUAGGAGCUCCUGAUAACCUGUUGCAAUUGUUACAAUGUCCAGAACCGUCCAUUGUCCUUAGAGUUACGAGGAUUCUCAGUAAUCUGUCUCGCAACCCAACCUUGCUGAGGCAGUCACUGUUCUUCAACACACUCAGGACAAUUCUAAAUGUUUGCAGAAAAGUUCUCAAAGAAGAUGGUUUGACGAACACUGAAAAUUCUUUACUGACUGAAGCCUGCAUUGCAUGUUUGACAAAUUUGUUGAAAAGCCUUAAGUACAGAGAUGCAUUUCAGGCCAAUCAAGGUUUGAAUGUUGUGAUGAAGAUCCUCAUGAGAACACACCGGUACACAAGGAUCUAUAAGAUGUGUAUCCGGCUGUUGCGAAACUUCCUGUCAUCGGCGGGAGAACAGCUUGUGUCCGAUCCGAUGGCAAAUGCAUCACUGUCAAGUAGCAUCAACACAGACACUGAAGAUGAAACAACAGUACAGCCCUAUGAAAUGGCCUGCAGCGAACCAUCAAGUAAUAAGGCUCCAGUGUUGCACAACAGCUUUAGCGAUGAAGAAGAAGAUGAUGAUGAUGAUGAUGAUGUUUCUAGGAUAUUGCAUCAUGGGAAAGAUAAUGCAACUAGUGCCAGCAGUGGAGCUUCUGAUACUGCUGACUGCCGUGUCAGUACAACUUCCAUCAUACCAGUUAAUUCAGCCAUCUUCCAUAGUGUGCCAGCCACCUACUAUGAAUAUGGAACAGAAGUGUCAUUUUCUGAUGAUGCAACUCAUGAACUUCGACCAAACAGUUGUCUCUCAGAAGUGUCUUCUCACAUUGUCAUUGAAAUUGUGUGUUCAAUGCUCAACAGUGGUCGAAAGUGUAAAAUAUACUUUGGCAUCGGAAAGGACCAUAAGGUAUUUGGUAUACAUCUGACUCGAAGCGACAGAGAUGAAUUCAGACUUGGGGUGGAUAGGAUGAUGAGCAAGUUAUUUCCCCCUGUUUUGCACUUCCAGUUUGAUCUCAAGUACAUCCCAGUCCUUGAAGCCAUUCGGGAGUCCGGUGCACAGCAACUUGUGCCACGGGACAACAGAUUUGUGGCAGAGAUUCAUCUAAAUUCUAGUACUUCAACACUGUAUACCGUGGGCUCAUCAGAAAUGUGCUUCUACCGGUUUGGGCCCCAGACAUCACGGCUGUCUUAUCAGGAAGUUCGACAGCUUGUUGCCUGUGCUAUAGAAGAAAUUUAUAGAGAAAAGAUAAUGAAGUUGAGAGAAGAGUUGUCUUCCCUUUCCUAGAUGUUUUCUUCAGAGCAUUUAGCGUAGAGGAAAGAAGUGUUUUAUUUAACGACGCACUCAACACAUUUUAUUUACGGUUAUAUGGCGUCAGACAUAUGGUUAAGGACCACACAGAUUUUGAGAGGAAACCUGCUGUCGCCAC